AUGGCCAAGGAAGUAACCAUGUGUACGCAACUACAACAAUGGAGCCCCGUGAAAGAAACCGCGGGUGCUCCGAGCAUUCCGCCUCAAGUUGGCUACUGCUUUCACUCGCCAAAGAAGCAUCCUUGGAGACCGAUCAUGGGUUACGAAGAAAUUGAAGUAACACCAAUGCCGUCUCAGCCCAUCACUAACACUAUGGUGGAUCCGUGCUACACACCGGCGGGUAUGGCCACGGAGCCUCUACGUUUUCCCAACCUGGUGACCGGGUUCGAACGCAGCCCCGAGCACGCCGCCCGCGCCGCGCUCUACACGCGCUACACACACUACGAGUGGAACCAGAACAGCAUCAAGAACUACAACGAGUCUGACGCCAAGAGGAACUACUCCGAGCGAGUCAGGAACGAUAUCAUGAGGAUGCUCAGGGAGACCGACGAAAUCGGCACACAGGGACAGCGGGACUCCGGCAGACGGAUCGGGGAACGGAUUACGGACACGACGUUCUGGAGGAACGAGGUGUCCAUAGAGAUGGAGCGGCUCGUGGCCACGUGUGAGAAGCUGAACGACACGAGGAGACAACUGGAACGAGCCGUGGCCGGCAUCGAGGGGCCGCUACACAUUGUACAGGAGUGUCUCUACCAUCGAGAGAAGCGACAAGGUUUGGAACAGGUCCACGACACCGUGGAACAAUCUCUGCUCAAAGAAGUCGCUAUUCUACGUGAAUGCCAGGACAAGUUCCGGAACAUGCUCGAAAAGGUCCGUCAACAGUCAAAGAAUUGUCGCGCCACCCAGCACGAGCUGGAGACGGACAUGCGGAACAAGGAGUACGCGCUGGGAAUAGACUCGAUGUGUCACCAGCUCAACAACUUCUCUAAGGGGCUGCAGUUCUACGCGGGCAUAGAGCGGUACGACCCCACCGUGUGUGACGCGGCGCGCUGGUCGGCCGCUAGCGCUGCUACGCUGCAACGAUCACAGUCCGAGCGCGCCAAGGCCGUGCAGAUGUUGUCCGACGCAGAGAACUUGAUAAACGUGUCCGCGACCGAGAUUUGGGAUCAAUGGAGCAACACCAACAGCGCCUUCACUCGCCGCAUCGCAGAGACGAUUGAGAUUAAAAAUAAACUACAGCUACAUCUGCAUAAGGUAAUGAUAUACUUAAUACAACAAGAGAUGUUCGACGUCGAGAAAACGCUGGAGCUGUUGAACAAAGCGAUCGAGGACAAGUUGCAGCCCAUGAAGGUCGCUCACACGAGGCUGCAAGCGCGGACCAACAGGCCUCACCUGGAGAAGUGUCGCGACGAGGCGCAGCACAGACUGGUGAAGGAGGUGUGCGAUCUACAGGAGACGAUGGAGACGUUACGGUCCAAAAUCGCUACGGCGGAGGGCACGCACCAGACCUUACUGGGAGUACGCGCGGGGCUCGAGGCUGACCUCAGGAACAAGAGCACCGCGCUGUUCAUAGACCGCGAUCAAUGUAUGGGGCUGCGGCGAGGGUACCCCGUCACCGCCGCUAUCAAAGCCUGA